AUGGAGUCCGUCACUCCUCACAAGGCCAAGGAUUCCUCAGAACCAUCACUCCCUACAGCCAAGGAUUCCUCAGAACCAUCACUCCCUACAGCCAAGGAUUCCUCAGAACCAUCACUCCCUACAGCCAAGGAUUCCUCAGAACCAUCACUCCCUACACCCAAGGAUUCCUCAGAACCAUCACUCCCUACACCCAAGGAUUCCUCAGAACCAUCACUCCCUACAGCCAAGGAUUCCUCAGAACCAUCACUCCCUACAGCCAAGGAUUCCUCAGAACCAUCACUCCCUACAGCCAAGGAUUCCUCAGAACCAUCACUCCCUACAGCCAAGGAUUCCUCAGAACCAUCACUCCCUACAGCCAAGGAUUCCUCAGAACCAUCACUCCCCUACAGCCAAGGAUUCCUCAGAACCAUCACUCCCUACACCCAAGGAUUCCUCAGAACCAUCACUCCCUACAGCCAAGGAUUCCUCAGAACCAUCACUCCCUACACCCAAGGAUUCCUCAGAACCAUCACUCCCUACAGCCAAGGAUUCCUCAGAACCAUCACUCCCUACACCCAAGGAUUCCUCAGAACCAUCACUCCCUACAGCCAAGGAUUCCUCAGAACCAUCACUCCCUACAGCCAAGGAUUCCUCAGAACCAUCACUCCCCUACAGCCAAGGAUUCCUCAGAACCAUCACUCCCUACAGCCAAGGAUUCCUCAGAACCAUCACUCCCCUACAGCCAAGGAUUCCUCAGAACCAUCACUCCCUACAGCCAAGGAUUCCUCAGAACCAUCACUCCCUACAGCCAAGGAUUCCUCAGAACCAUCACUCCAUACAGCCAAGGAUUCCUCAGAACCAUCACUCCCUACACCCAAGGAUUCCUCAGAACCAUCACUCCCUACAGCCAAGGAUUCCUCAGAACCAUCACUCCCUACAGCCAAGGAUUCCUCAGAACCAUCACUCCCUACAGCCAAGGAUUCCUCAGAACCAUCACUCCCUACAGCCAAGGAUUCCUCAGAACCAUCACUCCCUACAGCCAAGGAUUCCUCAGAACCAUCACUCCCAACAGCCAAGGAUUGCUAA